GGCAAAAGUGUUAUAGCACCUGAAUAUGUUACAAAUAUACUUCCAUCAAAUUAUAAUUAUCUUGCAAUUGAAAUUUGCAAACUUUCUGACUAUAUUACAAUUGAAGGGUUUUCAGUAAACCAAUUUGAAGCAGAUCUCAUG